UGGAUUUACAGUACAAGCAGAAUCAUGGAUAUUACAAUUCAUCACCCCUGGAUGCGCCGGCCAGUCAUGGCUCCCCCUCUAUUCCCCAGCCGUAUACUUGGUCAACGAUUCGGAGAGGGGGUCCUGGAGUCUGAACUGUUCCCCUUCUUCCCUUCAAGCAUUAGCCCCUAUUACUGUGGAACAGCCAGCGUCCCACAAGAACCCGGAUUGUCUGAGGUAAAGCUGGAUAAAGAUCAAUUUUCGGUUCUUCUGGAUGUAAAACACUUUUCUCCUGAGGAGCUGACAGUCAAGGUUUUGGGGGAUUAUGUGGAAGUUCAUGCAAGACACGAAGAACGUCAGGAUGAACAUGGAUUCAUCUCUAGAGAAUUCCAUCGACGUUACAAAAUUCCUUCAACUGUGAAUCCAGCAGCAAUAACCUCUGCUCUGUCUGCUGAAGGGUUACUGUCCAUCCAGGCUCCAGUCACGACAACUCCCAAAACAGAAGAGAGGAACAUACCAAUUACAAAGGAGAAGUAAAGACUGCAUCAGCGCUUACUGUAUACCUCCUCAACUACACCCAGCAACUGUCUAUGUUAUCUGGAAAUCCAAAUACAUGGCACCCAGCAUCUGCUUCAACUGACAGGGAUAUUUAUGAUUAACUACGAUCCCUAGAACACUAGUUUUUAAAUAGAAUUUUAACUAUAACAAUUUGAAUGAUUGAAAAUAAACAAAUUAUUUGUUUUACAUAAUGAAGGAUUUAAAAUCAGGUUAAUAAGAUUCGCUUGAAACCUUAAACAGUAGUACCCUACUGCCCCAUUCUACCAGUUUUGUCUACUGAAAAUUCUCUAGGUCAACAGCUUAGAGUCACCAAGAAUGGAGAGGCCAAGUGAGCUCACAACGCCUAAAGAUAAAUUACAUUACUGCAAAAACAAACAAAAAGAACCCCUACAAAUGUUUAGGAACGAGUUGAUAGGUGCAUAUUUUGAAAUAAUGUGUACUUGAUGUGUUGCUUAAUCAGGAGAAUUUAUGCUUAUAUGUCUACAAUAAAUACAAGGGUUAGAGCAAUGUGUUGCAGCCCUUUUUAGCCUCCAAAAGCAAACCAGUUGUAUAAUAACCUUUAGUAGUCUUUUAAGAUGAGCACAUGCUAGUGGUUUAGGAUUAAAGCCACAAAAUGUUGUUAUUAGUAGAAAAUACAAAUUUAAGACAUUAAUGUGAAUAAAUACUUACACUAUAUACCCCAAAUUAAGCACUGCAUUACAAGAGAUCUGCAAUUACAUUAAAUGUUUUAAACACA